AUGGAGCGGGCGGACGGCGGGCGCGUGGUGCUGUGCGUGCUGUGCGGGCUGCCGGCCGCCGGCAAGUCUACGCUGGCCCGCGCUCUGCGCCGCCAACUGCCGCUCCGCCAGGGCUGGGAUUGCGCGCUGCUCGUCUACGACGACCUCAUCCCGGAGGAGGCCCGGGGGCGGGGCGAGCCUCCGGACGGGGAGCCCCCAUUGGACUCCGCCUGGAAGCGGCGGCGGCGGGAAGUGCUGCGGCUCCUGGAGCGCUUCUUGCGGGAGCUGCGCUCCGGCUCACCCCCGCCCGGCCCCGCCCCGCCCGCCUGGGGCCGCUUCCUGAGCUGCUGCGCCGAGCAGGGGCCGCUCCCGGGGCGGGACGGAGGCGGUGCCGCGGUCCGCCCGCUGUGCGUCGUCCUGGAUGACAACUUCUACUACCGCAGCAUGCGAUACGAGGUGUUCCAGCUGGCUCGCGAGUUUUCCGUGGAAAUAAACAGGAGGCGCUACUUUUGGAGCGAGCAGCAUAGGAGCUGCUGGGUCUCACGCUGCCGUUCCCGGUGUGCCGCCCUCAGAACUGGGCUCCCAUCCGGAGGAUCAGCACUCUUGCACGGCCUCGUCCAGACAGCUGUCCAUUGCAUCCCUGCAGAUUCCCUGGGCUUCUGCCAGCUCUUUCUGGAAUGCCCCCUGGAGCUGUGCCUGCAGAGGAACAGCCUGCGGGGCAGCCCGGUGCCCGAGGGGACGAUCUGCCGUAUGGCACAGAGAAUGGAGCUGCCAGAGCCUGAGAAGAACCCCUGGGAGCAGAACAGCCUCAUCCUGAGCUGCUCUGCGUGCACCUCAGAGGAGCAGUGUGAUGCCGGGCUGAUGGAGGCUUUCCACGUGCAGAUAAUUAAUUUGCUGGGCGCUGCUUUGCAAAAUCCCGUGAAGCAAAACAAGGAAGACACCGAGCAGAAGGAAGCAGAUCGAGCGAUCUGUGCAGCCAGUGCUGUCCAUCAAGCUGAUCAGACGUGCAGACGAAUCAUCUCUCAAACUAUGAAGGAGGCAAAAGAUAAGAACGUGCUCCCAAGUGAGAUGAAAAGCCUGGCAGAAGAACUCAACAAACUCAAGGCAGAACUUUUGGAAGAUCUGCGGCAUGGAAGUCAUGUGGGAAACGAAUCUGGCCAACAAAAUCCCACUACUGACCCUGCUACCAGUAUGCUUUCUUCAUUCCAACCAGUACUGCUGAAGACACCUGAGAGUGACAGCUUCCUUCUCAGGGCUCAGCCACCUCUAACUCCUGCUCCUGGUUUAUGGAACAGGGAUGCUGUAGAGCACAGCAGCCUGGGAGGAAUGCCUGGAAGUCAUCAAGUUCCACUUCCCUCUUGCAGUGGGACCAACAUCGGGCUGGCCUGGCUUUCCCAGAACCUCAUCCAGCUGAGGUUUCAAAGAGCACCUUGAAUGGCAGCCUGUUCAGCUCUGUUCCCAACAGGUAGCUGAGCAUUUGCACAGCUCUUUUGUGCCUGACAGGGUGUAAAAGCAGUAAGUGAGAUGGCAUUUAGCACGUUGAGUGAUAGGUUGACAAUAAAUGAACUGCAGCAUCCAAAGUCAGGAUACAGACAGUUGUGCUCCAUUCAAGUGCUGUCUCAGUUUCCCAAGUCCAAUUUUUAGGUCAGGCUCUUGGCCCCUCUACAGCAACACCAUAAAGGAAAAGAUUUGAAACACCUUAAAUUGAGAUUCAGAGCUGCAGGCACACAUGAAUGCAGGUUGGAAUAACUUGGAUGUCCAGAGGAGCUUAAAAGUUGGUGCUGCCUUCAAGGCUGUUAAAAGAUAAUCGUUUAGCCUCUGUGCAUAGGGACAUCCACCUUAGGGUGACGAAAGGCUUGAUCUCACCUUCCAUACCUUACCUAAAGCACACCUAGGCAUGAGCAGCUCACCAGCUGAUCCACGUGCAAUUGAAAGAUGAAUCGCUGUAAGGCUUAAUUAGAAAGUAUUAUUUUAUUCUUACCUUACAAAAGCAAAGCUCCACAACAUGAACUACACUAGAUAUAGUCGAGUUAUUUCAGAAUUAACCCUGUCUUCUGAGAACAUCCACUACACAGUAAAAUUUACUUUACAGUUCUAAUGGAUUUCAUUUUUGCAUACAAAAUAUGCUCUUUACAUUGAAAUACAUAUUAUUAACAAAGCAGGUACUUAGAAGCACAUACACAAAGAUUGCUCAAUGAAAAAUGCUUCAGCAGGGUAUAUAUUUUCCUGCACCAAAACAUCCGUUUGCUGUAGAUUCUCAAAGAAGUUGAAAAUUAAUAGAAAACUUGCCAGUGAAAACUUCUAAAUUACAUUCCCAUCGUCCAAAGAAACAAAAAGCAAAGAAGCAAACCCCAAAAACAUCCUGGAACAGAAAUACAACAGAUCAUUUUGCUAGGAAACAGUGGCACGCACCUUUAUGUUAAAAUGCCAAUUAAAGUUUGAUGUCAAAAUUAACUUUAUCUAAACAUUAUAUCUGUGACAAACCAACUAUUACUACUCUCUGUUGGCUGUUUUACAGUUGGCUUAAGCAUUAACUGAGAUGAUCUACCAAGAUCUUCACGCUUGCUGGAAUACCUCUCAAAGCACUGAGUCUGUAUGAAGAGUGCUAUAAAUAAUGCAUGUUCAGAUCAUCAACAAAUCUGUAAAAUAAGCUAUCACAAUACAAACAAACAAAAGAAAACCAUUAACUUAAUGUUUUGCAACUACAGAAGUUACCAGAGUCAAGGUAUGGGGGAAAAAAUAGAUCAGCUCGUUCCUAAACUUCCCUGUGAAUAUGAGGUCAGGUGCUCAUCACCACCUUGCAAUACAAAGGUUUUCAUAAAGAAAAGCCAGUGCAGCCCAUGGAGAAGCCAAUGUGGAAAGGCUCACUAGCCAAGGUCUUGAUCCCGUGGUUCCUUAAGGGAAUCCCUUGCUGACUGAACGGGUAAGGCCUGCUUGUGCAUGGCAACUGUCAGGAUCGUCAUCCAUCUUCCAGAAUUAGUUCUGUUCUUUAAAUUAUAGUAAACAAUAUGUACAACAAAACCAACAGGAAAACACGCCUUCCAAAGCUACUCAGUAGUCAGAAGGAGCUAGUUAUAGUCAGGGAACUGUUUGGCACAACAGAACACAGCAUUACAUUGGGCCCCUUUCAGUGAGGUCACGCAGGCUCCCUCUUGCUACCAGCUGCUUCUCAUAGCAACCUUACUGCUCUACCUGCAGUUACAUGCAGGGCAAUUAUGGUUCAGAAGUCACUGCACUUGAUAGGAAGUCCAUACUGCUUAUAGGCACUGCUGAAGAAACAAUAUAAAGAACAGAACACAACCACAGCAAUCCCUCUGGUGUCAAAGACUGGAGCCACAAACCAAACUCAGCUGUUGUAACCUAGUAACUCACAGCUGGAGGGUAUUCCUUACAGCAGUGCAAACCUGGAAGUCUCCUUGCAGCAGCCAGAGCCUAGCAAUUAAAGCCUGCACCACGUAUCAAAAGGUAAGAAAAAGAUUAGUAAUUGUAAUGGUCUUUCAUAUUUGUGGUUCUAAUAGUGUGUAAUUUAGCCACCUCUGUGUGUCACCUCGGUACUGUUCUGUGACUGGCAAGGCCACGUCACACAGCCUGUACAGGAGCAAUACCUUCCACGUGGAUUCCAGUUCAGUCAACUUCACCAUAGCCUUCAAAAUACAAAAGGACACACAGGUGGGUGGCUCCAGGUCCUCUGCAUGCAGUUCAUGCAAAGAGCUGCUGUUUUGCUUCUGAAACUUUAUAAAGUGAGAAAGGGACAUCGGAGGAUUAUAAUGAGUGCCAUAUGAAAAACGGAAAUGAUAUUCUCAGUUAUACCAACUCACUAAAACGCAUUUGAAACCAAGCCUGAAACCAAAACAGUGGAUGAAUUGGGUAAGUGUAUUCAGUUCCUAGAUUUCUAAUUCGUUCAAGUGAAAAUCACCUCUGGUGCCAAAAUUGUCAGGUUCUUUUUCCCUGCAUAUUCUUCUUAAACAGAAGUCCUUGUAAGCUUUAGCUCCCAUGGCAAUACAGAUCUGAAUAACCAAACAGUCACUGUUCAGAUUGCUGACACUGAUUUCCAGAACACAAAAUCUUCCUACUUUUGACAAAACAUUUUCUGCCAUAUGUUGCUGAUAGGAAAGAGGGAAUACAUAUAAAAGAAGCUUUAAUUUGUCUCCAGUAAGACAAACUAAGAUAAAAGUGCACGUCUAAGUAUGGUAAAAGUAAUGGUUCUUCAAUUUCUGAAGCAUUACAAAUUCCUGUGUAACAUAUCAAGAGCUUUUAUUAGUUCUACUAGGAUGUUUCAUAUAAGUUCCUAUUAAAGUGCCUGUCCAUUAGUCUAGGUGCUUCUAAAGUAACAUGUAAAGGAUUAAAUAAACAUGUGCAAUGGACUUCAUGUACAUCCUUGUGUACGUAUGCUAUUCAUCACAAUGAAUUCAAUGUAGCCAGCCAGUGCUUCAUUGCCUGCCUACUACAUGAAUACUUAAAAAAACCCAACAAAACAAACCCGACCCCACCACAAACACACCCUCAGCUCUUCUCUGUACUUCCAGCACAACAAAUGUUGGGGAUGGAUGCCAGACAAACUGACUUCCAAGUUAGCCAAAGCUUACAAUAACGUGAUUACACAGCUUUCAAACAGAAAGGCAACCUACCAGCUGUCGCCCGGCCCAAGAUAAAACUGAGUAUCAGAUUCAGCUCAUAGACCUCUCCUUUCCAUUAGAACUUCCAUCAGCCAGACAGAAGUCUAGUUGUGCAAAUUUUAAAGAUGUGUACAAAUGGAUUUAAGGCAGUUAACACUGAUCUGUGCUAGUACUACAAGAAUUGCCUCCUUUUAACAUGGAUACAAUUUUGCUAAGUGUACUUUGCAGUUUCAAAUAAGGUGUCAAGUUUAUUCCUUCUUUUUAUAGGCAGUGAAUGAUUGGCUCUUAACUUUAUUUUCCUACCAGAGUUUCACUCACAAUCAUCUUUCAUCUUCUAGUUUCAUGGUGAAUCUUAACAAUAAUAGUUAAAUUAGUGUUUUGAGUUUGGGUUAUUGUAAGCAAAAACAUAAUAAUCUCAUCAGAUUAAAGUGAGCUUUAAAGUCAAAUUCAAUUUGUAUGUGAAAGUUGCUUCUGUCUGUGUUUUAACCUUGAUAGUAGCUGUUUUUAAGGAUAAGUCUCCAAAGCAACCACAUCUGUCCCUGCAGUAACCUUUCAUAGUUUAUGCCUAACAUAUUUUAUCCUAUCUAACAAAUCUGAUGACUGUAUUCUACGUGUCAGGACACUCUGUUUCUGCAUCUGUAAUAUUUAUGGGGAUUUUAAGAGCAAGCAACUGAAAUUUCGCAACCAAAACAUCUUAAUAAAUUCCAAUUGUUAUAAUAC